GAGUUCUGAUAUAGAAGCGAGGCAAAAGUAUGCCAAUUUGGUGAAAUCAGUCAAGGAGUCAGGCGGCACUGCCUACAUCUUCUCAUCCAUGCAUGUUUCAGGAGAACAGCUGGCACAGCUGUCUGGUAUUGCUGCAAUUCUUCGCUUUCCUCUCCCAGACCUAGAAGAUAUAGAGAUGUGAUAGGAGAAUUGCGAAAGUGAUAGCUCCAUAUGUGGUUGUACAAUUACUACUAUUAUUUCUUUCCUCGAGUUCUUUAUGUACCACCAGUGAUGAAACUUUACUUUCUUUUUUUUUUUUUUGAUGGAGGAUAAAACUUUAGCACUAGAUUUAUCGGUCAUGGAGGAGGCUUUACAAGGGGGAAUUAACCUAUAGGCUGUAUGUAUACUGGUUUUUGACCAAGUAAUCUACAUCCAUUGUUGUAGUUCGCAAGCUACUUUCUCGAUAAGAAAGGUCAUGGUACCUUACUCUUGCCGCUUGUCAUAAUUGUCGGUUGUCUCGGGCUUUUCUUAAAGGGUUAACUUGUGAUUCAUUUAUAUGGAUCAAAGGUGUCCGCAAAAAUUUGCAACUUGUAACGCUCCAGCUAUUUAUUACAUGACUGGUCCAUCAAUUAGGGAAACAUUACUGGGUUUCUGCUGUAUUUUGUGUUCUGUCCUUUUAUUGAUUCCCAGUAAAUGAUUUGUGAGGUUUGAUUUGAACUUGCAACCUCCUCAAGGUAACGUAGAUGACUGUAGCUAAAAGAAUUCCCUCCAUUUCAAAGUAAUGUUUUCGUAGCUGCUGAAUUGUAGCUUGUUUUGGUGCCACCUUCAAUUUCUAUGUAAAUUGCAAACGGCUUCUGAUUUCUUGAUUCGUGUUGUAAAUUGACGACUCAUAUCUGCAUCAGAUUUUAUUUUGAAAGCAGCGACAAAAAAUGACUCAUCCCCUCAAUAAUCCACAGAUGAAUAAACAACUCAAAAAGUGGUGCAAAGCCCAAGAAGAUUAGCACUCAGCAGUCCAGAUAUCUGUAGAAACUCUCUACUUCUCUUCUCUUUUCUUUUAUCUGUCCGUCAUUCAAGCCAGAGUGGACUUUUCUCCUUGUGUUUACCGUUGUCGGCUCAAGUAGAAUAAGAUGAGAAAUGAAGGCCUAAAUGCUCAAGCUGCUUGAUGGCGGUUUUAAGAUACGAAUUUUACGCAUGCUUUAAAGAAUUACGGAAACACCGUGCUCUCACCGUUUCCCUUUCCCUAUAACCAACCCAAAGACCGAAAUAUCUUGGGCCAUUUUAUUUUGAAGUACGACUGGAAAACAGAUCGGUAGUGGGAAGAGCAAGAUGGGACAAGGCGAGGAAGCGAGGAAAGAUGAAUCCAAUGUUGAGAUUCUAGAAAGAGGGGAAAUAUUCUUCUUUUACCGGGCUAAAGUUAAUAAGGAGGAAGCUCACAGUCCGGACGAUGUGCAACGCUUGUACAUUGUUCUUCGACCUGAGUCUGGUGAGAAAUCUGUUGAAGAGAAACAAGGUUCUAGUUCUGGCAAGGAAGGUGCUAAGAUGCAUGAAUCUGGGAAUGAUGAAAAGGAAACUUGCCCUGGCGAUGAAGGUGGACGUGGUGCUGAAAAGGUGGACAUUGAGCAGCAACCUUUGCUGCGAUUCAUUGUCAUGGGGAAGAAGAGCCUUCCUGAGCCAAGCCAGCAGAGGGGCCGACCUUACUGGGGAUUUGUCGAGUUGGUUACUACUAGAAUUGAAGAUGUUAAGGCUGCUCUGAAAGGAGAGGAAUAUGAUACUAACACGAGAGGUCACAGGCGUACAGAGCCUGCUAGAGCGUUGGCUGAAGGUGUUUACCGCAUCCUAAGGCACAGCCCUAGAAAGAGAAUGCACACACAUUUGGUCUACCGGCUUGAAUUUCCACCAGAGGAUGAGAAGAAUGAAGCUCAGGAGUCGCUCAACGUUGAACGCGAAGGGUCAUUCCUCAUCCAGAUUAAGAAUCCGGAGCAGCAAGGCACUUCGAGGUUUGCUGGGCUUCAGAGUAAGCGAAAGGCAACAUUUCCUGCCCAUCUGCAGGGCCAAUUUGGGAAUCGACGAUUUAAUCCAGCCGAUCCACCUGAUUUUCUAAACUAUGAAGGGUGUGAAUUUCUGCUUAUAGCCGCAUCUGAUGACAUAGAAGAGGAGCUAGGAUUGGAGCUUAGGACAGAAGUACAAAACUCGCACGAUCCAUCAUGUUCAGAUUUAGUCAGGACUUUUGGGGAAACUGCUUCAAUCGAACCUCUCCUUGAAGGAACUUGGGUUUAAUAUUCCCCUUCUUGUUUCCCGUACACGAUUUGCCAGGAUGUUGAUAAAUGUUGGCAAAUCAGGACUUGAGCAGUACUAGCUUUUGGUUGACACAGUAGUUGGUUUGGUGCUUUUGGUUUUGGUAAUUCUAGCCUUCUAGGCGUGUUGUCAGCUAGGUGGAGUAUAUGUGAUGUUUUGAGGCAGUCUGUGCUUAUGGUUUGGCUUUUUUGUAUUCCAGAUGUAAAUUACUGUACAUUGUUUGGUUUGCUUGAAUCUUAUCUCGUCUCUAUCUCUCGAC